AUGCUAUUGAUAACUGGAGAGGAUCGCCGACAAAGAGACCGAGGUGAUAAAGGAGAUGACCGAAUUGACCGGGGCGAUAGAGGUGAUAGAGGCGAUAGAGGAGAUCGGGGAGGAGAUCGAGGAGGAGAUCGAGGAGGAGAUCGUGGGGACCGAGGUGACCGAGGAGGUUACGGUGAAUCUCGAGAUAGACCGAAAUAUUUUGGCCGAAGCUCUAAAGACUUUAAUCGCCCUGCUCCUCGAGACAAUGAUGACUCUGGUGGUAGCUGGAGGGACAAACCCACCGAUGAACCUUCAAGCCAAAUUGAUAGACCUUAUCGACCUCGACCUGGUGGAUUCCGUCAUGGUAAUACAGAUAAAGACCAAGAUUAUGAAAAUCGAGAUGGUGGUUAUUCAAACCGAGGAAGGCGAGAUUUCGGACGUGAUAAUAGAGAUCCUGAGAGAAGAUUCGAGAAGUGA